AUGGAGAGAUCUAUGUCUUUUGAUAAAAAUCGAUUCUCAAGCCCAGUCGUUGUCUCUUGCAACGGCCUCGAGAUCACCAACAAGAAAUUGUACAACAAAAUAAUUCUCCAUCUACGAAAGAAGAUGGCUAAGAAAAAUCCAAGAUUUACUCGACAGCCUUUGAAAAACAUGAAGAAGGAGAAGAAGAAGAAGAAAAGGAAGAGUAUCAAAGAGAUAAUCAAAGAACCUUCAACCGCCGUUCUCAAAUCUUCCGCCGCCACCGCCUUAACCAACGACAGAGGAGUAAGAAAUUUGUCGUCGUGGGUCAAAACUCAAUUACUUGGAAGAGGCACUUACGGUUCUGUUUAUCUAGCUACAAGUGUAAACGACAAAGACAAAACAGAGAGAGCGAUCAAAAGUGCAGAGCUUUUACGAGCUUCUAGCCUCAUGGACGAAGGAAGGAUCUUAACCCGUUUGCAAUCUCCGUUCAUCGUCCGUUGCUUCGGCGACGAGAUCGCACGUGAGGAGAAUGAUCUUCAUGAACAAUACAAUCUGAUACUCGAGUAUUGCUCAGGCCAAACUAUCGCGGACUUGAUCGAGGAUAAUCACGGAGAGUUACUUGAGUCAGACGUCAAGCUUUUCGCUAGAGAUAUCUUGUCUGGACUCAGAUACAUCCACGAUCAAAACAUCAUCCAUUGCGACAUUAAACCGGAGAAUCUCUUUCUCUGCCCUACCGAUCACCGGUUAAGAGCUAAUGGGUAUUUGACCAAGAUUGGAGAUUUCGGUUUAGCUAUGGAGAAAGGGUCGAUAGAGUACGGUGACGGAACCGGUCAUAGGAGAGGCACUGCGAGGUAUGUGGCUCCAGAGACUAUGAGCCAUGGGAUUGUGGACUUUGGAACGGAUGUGUGGGCUUUUGGGUGUACGGUUUUGGAGAUGUUAACCGGAGAAUUGAUUUGGGGAGAACAUGGUGAUCUUGGUUUCGAUGAUUGGGUCGAUCUCAUCGGUCACAGUGAUUGCCUACCUCGUAUACCGGGUUGGUUGUCUAAAGAAGCAAUAGAUUUUUUGAGCAGAUGCUUGGAGAGAGACGUACACAAGAGGUGGUCUAGCCAUUCACUCACGAAUCAUCCCUUUGUUAGGCUGUGA